AUGGAGUACAUCCUGGGCCAGUCUAAUCCCAAUCCAGUUCACAACGACAGCAUGGUCACCUUCAACGUGACGCCCGCAAACAGCAGUGCUGUUCUUUUCAAGCCCUUUUUGUCGCCCGUGGUGGACAAAACUAUUAACAUCCUCAUGGUGAUCGUCUUAUUUAUCACCAUGAUCUCAUUGGGAUGCACCAUGGAGGUGUCUAAAAUCAAGGGUCACAUAGUGAAACCUAAAGGGGUGGUGAUUGCAGUCACGGCCCAGUAUUGUGUCAUGCCGCUUACAGCCUUUUGUUUAGCAAAGGGCUUCCAUCUGGCUGACAUGGCAGCUGUGGUGGUCCUGAUCUGUGGGUGCUGCCCCGGGGGGACCCUCUCCAACAUCUUGGCUUUAGCUAUAAAUGGGGACAUGAACCUCAGCAUUGUGAUGACAUCCUGCUCCACCUUGCUGGCACUGGGAAUGAUGCCCCUGCUGCUCUACAUGUACUGCCAGGGCUUCGGCGACCUGCAGAAUGCUGUGCCAUAUGUUGACAUCACUGUGUCACUAGUCAUGAUCCUCGUGCCCUGCGGCAUUGGUAUCCUCAUUAACCACUACAGGCCCAGCUAUUCCAAGAUCAUCACCAAGGUAGGUCUGAUCAUCAUGUCCAUCUCCUGCGUGGUGAUCACCAUCAUGGCAAUCCUAGCGAUCGGCAGCUCCAUCUUGGCUGUCAUGUCUUCUCCCCUUUUGGCCACUGGCGCUGUUAUGCCCUUCAUUGGUUUCACCUUUGGUUACGUCAUAUCAGCCAUCUUCAGACUCAGCCAAGCGGAGCGGAGGACUGUCGCCAUGGAAACAGGCUGCCAGAACAUUCAGUUAUGCUCAACUAUCCUGAAGUUGGCCUUUCCCCCGGAUUUGAUCGGCCCGCUUUUCCUCUUCCCGAUGGUGUACAUAUCAUUCCAGCUGUUGGAGGCCAUGGCGCUCAUCCUGGUCUACAGGUGCCACCAGAGGCUCACAAGGAAAGAGAAAGAUGUGUACCUACCAGCUGAGACUGAUCCUGGACGGCGAGCACUUUGCGAAGGAACUGUAUGA